AUGGGCGCGGGCCCCCGCGGAUUCUCCACGGCCACCCGCCCGCUCCGCCAGUCGCGACUGCCCCCGUUUCGCGAACUCUUCGCCGCGCCACCGCCCUCAUCGCCGACGUCUGCCGCCGCCGCGAGGCCGUCCAGCCGCUUCGCGGUCCGCAACGUCCAUGUGGACCCUCCGCUUGGGGCCGUGGCCGAGGGCGCCAGCCCGCUCGGGUGGCUCUCUCACAAUCUGCAGCUGCUGAAGGAGGGCGGGAGCACGCGGGCGGAGCAGCGGGCGAGAAUGCCGGAGGGAAGUCCACAGUGGCCGCGCUACGCGUUUUCCCCUCACUGCUGUGGCUACGUCUACGACCCCUCCAACGAGUCCAAGCUCGCCUUUGUGACCGCGGACAACUACUGCCACUUGUGCCACGAGCCCGUGGAGGUGGCGCUUCGGCACUGCGCCUGGUGGGACCACGUGACGAGGCUGAUCGCCGUUCGCUUGAUUGCGAUUCAUCCCCGCCGCUGGGAUCCUGCCGCAGUUAUACAGGAGGCGGGGGAGAUGCUCCCCGCCGCUGUUAUGGCGGAGCCCCGGCCCCAUCCCUUUCUGCCCCUCGCAGCAAGACUGGACCCCGACGACGCGGCGCUGACGGACAUGCGUUCGUGUUACGUGUUUGAGCGGGAGGCGGUUGUGCGACGCGCCGAGUUGGCGGCCAUACUGCGCGUCUUGUGUGCCGCAAACGACGCGGAUAGCCGCAGCGGUGCGGAGCGGCGUCGCGUCUCGAUUACGCCCGUGCUGCGGGAGUCGCUGGUGCUGUCCCCGUGUGGCAGUCCUGCGUCCACCGUGGGGGAGCGAACCUUCCGGGCGUACGUUAGCCGGCAAAUGAGUGUGGCGCUGCCGCCCAUGGCGCCGGAGCCCACGACGCGGCUACAACAGCGUUGCUGGGGGCGGAAAAACCUGGAGAUUAUGUUUGACCUCCUUGACGUGGCUUCCCUGCAGCGACUCGCCGGGGCGCCUAGUGUGGCGGAGACAAAGAAGGAAAAGGCGACGAUCCUUCGACAGAUCGUCUACGAACUGGCGACGACCCUCUCGGAGGGCGAUGCCGUCUGCGCCGAUGCACCCCGCGCCAAGCGAAAUAGCACGCCCUCAGCCGAUGCGGAGCUGCAGACCCAUUUGCUUGUGGAGAUGGCGCUGCAGCGCCUCGCACAUGAGCUGAUUCAUCUCCACACGAUGCUGCUGAUGGACCAGGCCUACGAGACUUACGCAAAACUGGGAUACCCGAGCGAGGCGGUGUUGGAGAAGAGUGAUUUUUGCUGA